AUGCUUUUCACCAAGUCUAUCUGCCUUGUCGCGGCCGCGGCUGGCUAUGCUGUCGCCCAAGACACCUCCAACACUCAGAACGAGAACACCUCCGUACUCUCGACCUCCUCGGGAGCCGCGAGCACCGACACCAACACCGUCGCCACUUCCACACAGACUGUCACUGGCUCCAACACCGCUACAACCACCAACCCUCGCAUAAGUCUGGUCACCAACGUCAACACUGAGUUCAACACUGCUCUCAUUGUCUCCACCGUCAUCGACACCAAUGUCAUGACCACCUCCCUCCCCAAGUCCCUUCAAACCGUCACCACCGCCGUCGUCCAGACAUUCGUCUACACAUCGGCCGACGUCUACGUGACUAACACCAUUAACGGCACUGAUGUCACCAGCGCAUCCGGCCCCGCCCGAACAUUCACCACUACCCGCACUACCUCUGAGACCCCCGAGCAGGCUACCUCAGUCGUUGUUGUCUCAAGCACCACCGGCGUUGCAGGCGCUGCUUCUGGCUCGGCUUCCUCUGCCGCUGGCGCCAUGGCUGCCAUCGAGACGGGAAAGUUGAUCUACGGCGGCCUGGCUGCUGGCUUCCUUGGCCUCGCUGCUGCCUUCUAA